GUUUUUCUAUUUGACUGGCAAAUCCCCUUCCUUGAAUUUCAAAAAUGAACGUUCACAAAUUAAUUGUGUGCUUAUCAAGGAUUUUGAUAAUUGCUGCGUUUGAGGAUUUGUCAUACAAUAAGGUUGCAACUCAAACACCAAUAUAUCCUGGGAUAUCCUAUGACGCUACUAAUGCACUAGACAGACAAAUCGGAACAUGUAUGAGGACAGAAGAAAUAGGACUUAAUUCUGCAUACCACAGCAUGUGGUGGAAAGUGGAUCUCGGCGGAAUAAACAAUAUUUAUAGCAUCAACAUUCUUUUCAGGGAAUAUACAACCUAUGAAACCCGACAGAGAGGACGAUUUGCAGGGUUUUCCCUGUAUAUAGCAAACACUAGUGGUAUUGAGGGUUCUACUUUAUGUUACAAGGACGGACCACAGUUACCGCCCCUGAAUUUUACAACAGUAUGUACGGUAUCUGGACGGUAUGUGAUAUUUUACAACGAAAGACUGGAUGAAACUUCCUACCCUAAAGGUUAUCAACUGCAAAAUGUAUUCACAGAACUGUGUGAAGUAAUUGUUAGAGGAUGUGCAAACCACAGCGUCUAUGGCACUGGGUGUGUAACUGGAUGCCCAAUCAACUGUCAAGAUAGCCAUUGCCACAUACUAAACGGAACUUGUUUUGCAUGCAACCAAGGAUGGAAAGGGGACACUUGUGAAACAAAGUCCGGGGUUGGUUUGUACGGUGAAAAAUGUAGCCAGCAAUGUUCCGGAAAUUGUAAAAAUAACGAAACCUGUAAUCACGUGACCGGUCAAUGUGACGAAGGUUGUACUACUGGAUGGAGAGGAGCUAUGUGUAACUAUGAAUGUGAUAAAGGAACCUUUGGAUAUGAUUGCACAAACAAAUGCAGUACUAAUUGUUUGAAUGGGUUACCGUGUAACAAAAGGACUGGUCAUUGUGAUGAUGGAUGUAACCCGGGAUAUACCGACAGCGACUGCAAAACACGGUGUCCGAUUGGACAUUUUGGACGUGCCUGUAAAGAAAGCUGUAACGAACAUUGCCUACAAGAAAACAAUACACUUUGCGAUCAUGUGGGCGGCGAAUGUUUAAAUGGAUGCGAAGAUGGUUACAUUGGAACACACUGUAACAAUUCUUGUGAAGAAGGAUAUUAUGGACGCAACUGUUCUUUUGACUGCUCCCGAAAUUGUGAAACAUGUAGACACUCUGACGGCUUCUGCACUUGUAAGGAGGAGUGGCUGGGCUUUAAUUGUACUAAAGGUAUAUACCGAUUGGACUGCAGGGAUAAGUGUAGCGGAAACUGUAUAAACAAUGAACCCUGUAACCAUGUCAGUGGAGUGUGUCCAAGUGGGUGUGAGGAUGGGUACACUGCAGCACGCUGUAAUAAUUCUUGUGAAGAAGGGAAUUACGGCGGAAACUGUUCCAAAGUUUGUUUUCCGAACUGUAAGACGUGUCGAAAUACAGACGGGUUGUGUUCUUGUGUCACUGGUUGGAUGGGUCCCAACUGUACCAUAGAAUGUGACCAAUCCUAUGGGGAGAACUGUCGGUAUGCAUGCAGUGAACAUUGUGUAAACCAAACAUGUGACAGGUUCAAUGGAAGUUGUUUGUUGGGUCGAACGGACGAACAAAAUUGCAAUAAAUAUAGUGAAAAAUUACGUCUUAUGACAGAAGAAUUAGUUGGAUCUUCAAAGCAGUUGACACUGUGGAUCAUUGGAUUAUCUGUAGCACUUGGAGUCUGUGUUGUUAUUAUCAUUACCACCUGUAUUUUAACAAUACUAAGGAAAAAGUCCAUAAAGACGAAAAUUAGAACUGAUGACAAGCAGCCCUGCCUGACGUCAAUAACAACCACUGAACAUCCGGGUACAUCCAAUAUGGCGUCUAACUACCAGGAACUUGUUACAGAUGGAGAAAGAAACACAUAUGAGUCGAUACUACUAAAGUAGUUAUAAACCAGAUACCGUGCGAUGAUCAAUACACUUUAGUGACAGGCAUGUAUUAUAAUUAAUGAUACAAAGUAAAACAGUAACUGUUUGAGCAUAGUUUUUUUUUUACCAUUAGUAUUGAUUAUCACUGUUGUUCAUAAAAACUAUUGUUAACAAUAUUAUUUUAUUGAUAUGCUA